AUGGCUGAUCUAAAAAAAAGAGAAUUCAAUGCCUUGGAAUUAACAAGAAACAAUUUUAUAAAAUGGGCUUCAGAUGUCAAAUUAUAUCUAAAAGAAAAAAGUUUAUUAUGCACAAUAAUUGAACUUAAUCCCACCGACAAAGGAAAGGGUAUCGAAAGAGAUCCCAUAAAAAUUGAGGAAGAUAAGGCAAAAGCUGCAUCAAUUUUGAGACAUCAUUUAACCGACAGUCUCAAGCAUGAAUACACCAAUUAUGAGGACCCAAAAUUACUUUGGGAAGAGCUAAAUGAAAGAUUUGGCCAUAAUAAAAGUAGACCUGUUGGGACUAUGCCCUUUAAUGACACAAAUAUGAUUGAGAGGAAUGUGCGCCAUCGAGGUCGUGGGAACUAUUUUAUAAGAGGCAAAGGUCGUGGAAAAUAUCACGAAAAGAGCGGCAUGAAUACUUUCGAACAAGGAAAUUUCUAUGGCCGUAGUCGUGGUCGUGGUCAUGGACUUAGUCGUGGCCAUGGACGUAGCCACAAAUACAAAAGCACAUGUAAUAUAUGUGGCAUGACUGGACAUUGGGGGCGAACUUGUCGUACCGCCAAACAUUUAGUGGAUUUAUAUCAAGCUUCCGAAAAAAACAAAGGAAAAGGGGCAGAAGUAAAUUUUGUAAAUGAAGGAAGUACAUUUGGGCCCACCUUAGAUGUCUCUGAUUUCUUUACUGAGGAUGUGAACCUCCACAAGCUUGAUCCCCAAAAAGAAGAUAAUUACAUCUUUUGA